UACCGGCUGUAUCACAGAUUCUGGUCAGAGUGGCAUCUUAUAGCCUUACCUUGUCAUUCCGAUGUCGACAUUUGUUCCAACAGCAAAGCCAAGCGGUGGUCGAAUUGCGAAAGCUUCGUGUCGGACCCGUCAUGCAUUAAUCGCCGCCAGCGAUUUCCCCCGGAAUUUCGGUUUGCCAGUCAGUCGCAACAGGCAAAACAAUGCGACUCGCUUCGCAACAGCUCCAGCUUCAUUCGAAUUAUCGAGCACGAACUGCAUCGGGAUCUCAUGCGAAAUAGCUAAUAAGCUAAAUUUUCCGCCAUUAAGACACACUUUCGACCAUGGAAUCAUUGUAUGAGAUCCUGACCUCCAAGUUCGAUCCUUCAAACUCUGCGCCAGACCCACGAGAACAGCAGACGACCACGUACCUCGCCCGCUUAACCACACUCUCCCUAGAUGACCUUACAUCGACCGAGUCAGCUUCAAUAUUAUAUGCGUCACAAUCGCAUGCAAGGCAUUUGCAGGCGCUGUCCAAGCGAUCGAGAAAUGCAGUCAUAUCGUCGUCCACUCAACUGGCCAGCCUUGCGACAUUAUUACCUACAAUCACGAGCCAGACAGACGUACUGCAAAAGGACAUACCAAGCCUAGAAAGCGUAACAUUGGCUUUCUCAGAAAAGUAUGACAGGAGUACGGAUAACGGGAUACUGGACCGCAGGAAGCGCGCUGCGCUGCUUUCACGCAACGUGGACAGGUUGUCAGAUGUCCUCGAUCUGCCUGGACUGUUAUCUUCGACAGUGACCGCAGCUCAAGCGGAAAAUUCAGGCGCGAACACUACAAGCAGCGCAUCUACUUCGUAUGCAUCAGCUCUUGAUAUUCAAGCGCAUAUCAAACGGCUGAACACUCUAUAUCCGCAAUCCGAGCUGGUUGGGUCAAUCAGCAGGCAGUCCAGCAGAGAAAUGCAGAACUUGGCAACAAUCCUUAUCACAUCUCUCCAAAGUCCGACGUUGAAGUUGGCGGCAGCCAUGCGUACUGUUGGCUAUCUCCGGCGCGUCGCCCCGGAGUUGGUUGGGGAUGAACUUGCUCUAACAGGCUCAGGCGCCCUACUCGCCAAACCUUUGACUGUCUCUGCAACUCCUCUUGACAACGACAAUCCGAUCGGCGCGCUGUUUCUUGUCUGCCGUCUGCACACACUUCACAAGACAUUGCGCGCUCUCGAUCCUUUGCGCGAUCUCGCAGAUCAAGAGUCGCUCCAGCAAGCUCGACAUUAUACAACAAGCGAUCAGACAUCGACGGCCAGCACACUCGGCAGUCAGACGGAGCGCUUUCUCAAACGGUACAUCGAAGUCUUCCGCGAGCAAAGCUUUGGAAUUCUAAGCAACCCUACGCGAAUAUCUUCCAAACAUCAUCGAUAAGGCUAUGCGGGAAUCUCUUCUCACGCAAGUCCUGUACUGUGCUGGUAGUCUAGGACGACUUGGCGCAGAUUUCGGCAUGGCGCU